AUGAAAUCAUGCCACGAUAGAAUGGAAACACAAUUCAGAAAGAGUACUUUCAAAGAGUGCUCAUAUUCAGAUCAGUGCUUACUAUUUGGUGACAAUCCUUCAUUGGUUUUCAAAAUGUAUUCAGAACGGGCAAGAAGAAGUGGAAAAGAUGAAUACGCCACCUUACUUGGAACAUUUCCUUCAAAAUGCUCGCAAACCAUUGUUGAAUCACUAAUUGGAAGAGAGGCAAUUAUAUUCUUCUUUAAACAAUCAAAUGUGAGCGUUGAACUCACAAAAGAGCUUGUAAGGGGGUUCUUUAAGGAAAACCUCCAAAAUCAAUGCGGAAAUUACACUGAAAAUGCUUUAGAAGCAUUAAGAAUAUUUGUACAGGAGAUGCCAAAAGGAAUGUUCAAUUUUCUUUCCUUUUUAGAGUUUCAAGAAAGGGUCGAAAAGGAUACAGUUUCCUUUCGGUUAUUGUUUGAUUUAUCGAUACUCAUAUCUCUUAUCAUUAGCACUCUUGUCGUAAUAAGCAGAAAAUCUAACAAUACCAAUCCUGUCUCAAACUCCCAGCCACAAUCACAGAAAAUGUUCCAACUUGUGAAAAAUAUAUUCUUAAAACUGGACAAUCAUAAUCAGAACAUUUUGCAAGCAGAAUCUUUGAUUAAAGCUAGAAUAGAAAAAAGUGAAAAGCUUAAAUUAGCCAUCAAUGAUCAAGAGAAUAGAAUAUCUGAAUUGACCAAUAACUUCAAUAGGAUGCUAAAUGGCUCAAAAGCAAAAGAUAAUACAAUCGCUAAAACAAUGGAAUUACUGAAUGAAAUCAAAGAUGCAAUUCAAUCCGAAAAAGGUAGAGAACCAUUAGAUGUAUUUAAUAUGCCCUAUUAUUUGAAGCAAUUGUUUAAAGAGAAAUCCGAAUCUGAAACUGCUUGUAAGGAGAAGAAUGUUAAGGUUCUCGCAGAGAAAAAACAGCUUGAAGCGUUGAACAAGGAACUAAAGGAUAGAAUUGAGUUUAUUGUUUCAGACAAUGAGGAUUUAGGAUUAAAAGUAGGUCUACUUGAAGAAUCAUUGGGCAAUCAGAAGUCAAUUACUCAUUCAUUGGAAGACUCUGUGCUAAGCCAGUCUGAACAAAUAAGCAAACUUCUUCACUCUUUGAAGAUGAAAGAGGAUCAGGAACAAAAAGUGGGAACAGAAUUGGAAAUUUCAAGAAAUGACGUGAAGUUAUUGGAGAAACAUCUGAAUCAAACCUACUCUUAUUUUGGGAUUUUAGAAGAGAAGAAUCCUGAAUCAAUACGUUCAUUUGUUGAAAGUCUGAGAAAUGAAUCAGAAAUUAAAACAAGAGAAAUUGAGAAACUCCAGGAACAAAUAGCUAACAUUGAAGAGAUCUCAGACGAAAAAAUUGCCAAGAUACUAGAAAUCGAGUCAAGAGUUACAUCCUUGCAAGAUGAAAAUAACUCCCUGAGGUCUCAAUUGCAUAUCGCAACAAAGAAGAUCGAGUCAAAAUAUGAGAAAGCUUCCGAUAAUCAUGAAAUUCUUCUAAAAGAUCUAGAAACUGUUAAAAGAGACCUCGAGAAAACGAAAUUGGAGCUUGCUUAA